GGAGAUUUUUGAACUGCGACGAAGAUGUUGAGAAGAUUACUAACGCAAACAACCUCUCGCCGUCUCCUCUCUUCCAACACUCCCUUCUUCUCAAAACCCUCUCUUUCACCCUUCUCCUCAUUGCCCUCUUCCCCAGAUCCACCUUCCUCGGCGAGCAGUAGCACCACCGUCGAAAAUGUCGAAGACUCAACUUCCGCCGCCGCCGGAACAACAAUCUCCAUCGACCGUUCCUCUCUCUUCAAUCCUCCCGACCACUCUCAUGAACCCACACCUGACUCCGAACUCGUCAAGCAUCUCAAGAGCGUUAUAAAGUUUCGUGGUGGGCCAAUCUCAGUGGCGGAGUAUAUGGAGGAGGUGUUGACUAAUCCUAGAUCAGGUUAUUACAUGAACCGUGAUGUGUUUGGAGCUCGAGGUGAUUUCAUUACUUCUCCUGAAGUUAGUCAGAUGUUUGGCGAGAUGAUUGGUGUUUGGAGUGUUUGUCUUUGGGAGCAAAUGGGAAAGCCGGAGAGGGUUAAUCUCAUUGAGUUAGGUCCAGGGAGAGGAACACUCAUGGUUGAUCUCCUUCGUGGUACGUCGAAGUUUAGAAAUUUCACGGAGUCGUUGCAUAUACAUUUGGUGGAAUGCAGUCCUGCGUUGCAGAAGAUUCAGCAUCAGAACCUGAAAUGCGUAGAUGAAGGUAGUUCUGAGAAGAACGCUGUGAGUUCAAUAGUUGGGACACCUGUGCAUUGGCACGCUUCUCUUGAAGAUGUACCAUCAGGAGUACCAACAAUAAUCAUAGCUCAUGAGUUUUAUGAUGCUCUUCCAGUUCAUCAGUUUCAGAAAACUCCCCGAGGCUGGUGUGAGAAGAUGGUUGAUGUGGGAGAAGAUUCACAGUUCCGUUUUGUUCUAUCCCCACAGCCUACACCUGCAGCCUUAUAUCUGGUGAAACGUUGUACAUGGGCUACACCUGAGGAAAGGGAGAAGCUGGAGCAUGUCGAGAUCAGCCCCAAAUCAAUGGAUCUGACUCAAGAAAUAGCCAAGAGAAUAGGAACUGAUGGAGGUGGAGCACUUAUAAUUGAUUACGGGAUGGAUGGAAUGAUUUCAGACAGUCUUCAGGCUAUUAGAGAACACAAGUUUGUCAACAUACUGGAUGAUCCAGGGUCUGCGGAUCUAAGUGCUUAUGUUGAUUUUCCAUCAAUAAAACACUCAGCUGAGGAAGCUUCAGAAAAUGUGACAGUACAUGGACCUAUGACUCAGUCUCAAUUCUUGGGUUCACUUGGAAUAAACUUCAGAGUUGAUGCGCUGUUACAGAACUGCGACGACGAGCAAGCUGAGUCAUUGAGGUCAGGAUACUGGAGGCUUGUUGGAGAUGGUGAAGCGCCUUUCUGGGAAGGACCUGAUGAACAGACACCCAUUGGAAUGGGCACUAGGUAUCUUGCAAUGGCUAUUGUCAAUAGAAACCAAGGCACUCCGGCUCCAUUCCAAUCUCUCCCGUGUCAAUCUUCGAGAUCUGAAUAUCUCCUGAAGGGAAAGAUGUACGGAUUCGAGGCGCUUACGUUCAACAUCCACAGCGGAUACUUGGAGGCGAUCGUGAGGGGCCACCGUGCUGGACUUCUCACCACCGCCGAUUACAACAAUCUCUGCCAAUGUGAAAACCUAGACGACAUCAAAAUGCACCUCUCCGCCACCAAAUACGGCUCUUACCUCCAGAACGAGCCGUCACCUCUGCAUACGACAACAAUCGUGGAGAAGUGUACACUGAAGCUUGUGGAUGAUUACAAGCAUAUGAUUUGCCAAGCUACUGAGCCUAUGUCCACCUUCUUGGAGUACAUCAGAUAUGGCCACAUGAUUGACAAUGUCGUGCUGAUUGUUACUGGAACUUUGCACGAGAGGGAUGUUCAAGAGUUGAUUGAGAAAUGUCACCCUUUAGGCAUGUUUGACAGCAUUGCCACAUUGGCUGUUGCUCAGAACAUGAGAGAGCUCUAUAGGUUGGUGCUUGUUGAUACUCCGCUGGCUCCAUAUUUUUCUGAAUGCUUGACAUCAGAGGAUUUGGAUGACAUGAACAUAGAGAUUAUGAGAAACACUCUAUACAAAGCAUACCUUGAGGAUUUUUACAAGUUCUGUCAGAAACUUGGAGGGGCAACAUCAGAGAUUAUGUCUGACCUUCUGGCCUUUGAAGCUGACAGAAGAGCUGUGAACAUCACCAUCAAUAGCAUUGGCACUGAGCUCACAAGAGAAGACAGGAAGAAACUGUACUCCAACUUUGGUCUCCUCUAUCCAUAUGGUCACGAGGAGCUUGCUAUCUGCGAAGACAUAGAUCAGGUUCGUGGUGUUAUGGAGAAGUAUCCUCCUUACCAAGCUAUAUUCUCCAAGAUGUCUUAUGGAGAGAGCCAGAUGCUGGACAAAGCGUUUUAUGAAGAAGAAGUGAGAAGGCUUUGCUUAGCCUUUGAGCAGCAGUUCCAUUACGGGGUGUUCUUUGCGUACAUGCGGUUGAGGGAGCAGGAGAUCAGGAACCUGAUGUGGAUAUCUGAAUGCGUUGCACAGAACCAGAAGUCGAGGAUCCACGACAGUGUUGUCUACAUGUUCUGA